AUGGCUACAAAUGGUCAACCAUCUCACUCUGCAAGCGGCGUUCCACCAUGGAAUCCAGUUGCUCUACUGCAGCCGAACCAGAGGGCGGUUUCAACUCCGAACCUCGUGAACUCCGGCCAAGGCCAGUUCUCGCCAUCUUCAUCUCUUCAUCAUGGUCACCCUGCUCAGAGAAUGCAGCCCAGACCUCAAAUGAACAUGAACAUGCACAACAACUCCAUGGUGUUUCAGUUCUCCAGUCCUAAUGACACUCCAUCUGCCGGCCCCUCCAGUCGUUCUUCCACUCCAGGUAGUAGUUAUGCCAAUGGUUUCAGCGGUGCAGGCCACUUCAUCGAGCGUGCGAAUAAUGUUCAGCAUCGCUCUGCCGUUCCUCAGCCAAAGCGAAGGAGAACCGAAGACAGCGAGGGAGUCCACAAUUUUAUGACUCCUCCAGCACAGGGCGGAAGUGGAAUUCUGGGUCAAUAUGUUACAGACAAACGAAAGGAAGCCAAUAGUGCAACUGCGUCACCAGCCAUGACAGUUGAUCUCACUAGUGGAAAUGACGAUGAGGACGUGGUCGUUCAAGAUCCACGCGAGGAAGAGGUUUGCUACGGAAUGAUCAAGGCUUCAUUGGGCUGCACUCGAGUCCCUUCGCCAAAGCCAGGUACCCAACAGAGUGUCUGGGGUCCAAACUAUCAGCCUGCAAUCAAGGUCGUGCUCAAGCGGCAGGUAGGUGAUACAUCGCUUAAGAUACAAGCCUACGACCACACACGGCAGAUCAUUGGUCUGGUAGAGAACCAAGGUGCUCGUGCCGUUGCGCCUCUUCUCGACUCAAACAUUCAUCUGAGAACGGACAGCCGAAUCCCGCCGCAGCCAAAAAAGCCCGGCGAAGAGCCUGGCCAGCCCACCUCACGAUCCUAUACCCUCGACAUCGUCAUGUACGGGCCCCUCAAGUACGCUAGGAACGUAGGCGCUCAUCUGAGCAAGUUUGGCCUGAAGUUGUUAGCCCCUUAUCUCGUCCAGAAGGGAAUUCGUGUUCAGAACCCUCAUGUUCUCGAAUACCGUCCCCCACCUCCGAAGGUAUAUUCUACUGCGCCUACUAACGAUGGGCAAAAUGCCUCUUACACCAGCACCUUCAACAACCGAACCGUGGAGGAGAUUCGUUCAGAAGUUAUGGGCGUCUUCGAUUCCCUCACACGAAACGACGAUUUGCCAGAGAUGGAACCUAGUCAAAAUAUCUUGACGCCUCUGCUUAAGCAUCAGAAGCAAGGUCUGUUCUUCAUGAUGACCAGAGAAAAGCCCCGUGAGGCGCAGGCAUAUGAAAAGACUAUGGUUUCUUUCUGGCAAGACAAAUAUGGCCCCGCUGGCCAGCGGAUAUACUUCAAUGUCAUCACUGGCCAGAACCAGGCCAGGCCGCCAGCUGAAACUCGGGGAGGAAUUCUGGCUGAUAUGAUGGGUCUGGGCAAAACGCUCAGCAUCUUGUCCUUGAUCACAUCAUCCACCGAUGCUGCGUAUGAGUGGGAACGACAAGCACCUGUCCAGCCAGAAGCGCCCGAGCAGAAACCGACGAAGCACGAGGUCCUAUCUCAGCAGCCGACUCUUGCCUUGACUCCGUUGAUGAGGAACGCCAAGACCACCUUACUUGUCUGUCCUCUCAGUACGGUAACAAACUGGGAGGAACAGAUUAAGCAACACAUUCGACCUGGUGCUCUCGACUACCACAUCUACCAUGGCCCAAACAGGAUCAAGGACCCUGCAAGACUCGCAAACUUUGACCUCGUGAUUACCACCUAUGGCUCUGUAUCGAAUGAACUCAGUUCUCGUCGGAAGAAGAAGGAUGGCCAAUAUCCGUUGGAACAGAUUGGCUGGUUCAGGAUUGUGCUGGAUGAAGCUCACAUGAUUCGAGAACACAGCACUCUCCAGUUCAAGGCCAUCUGUAGACUACAGGCAGACAGACGCUGGGCCGUCACCGGUACACCCGUGCAGAAUCGGUUGGACGAUCUUGCUGCCUUAUUGGCCUUCCUUCGGCUUCACCCAUUCCACGAUCGAUCCAAGUUCCUUCGCUACAUUGUGGAGCCAUUCAAGGCAUGCGAUCCUGAGAUCGUGCCCAAACUCCGAAUCCUAGUAGAUACAAUCACGCUACGUCGACUGAAAGACAAGAUCGACCUGCCUCCUCGAGAGGAUCUCGUGGUGAGACUUGAUUUCAGUCCCGAGGAACGCAGUAUCUACGAUUUGUUCGCAAAGAAUGCGCAGGAUCGAGUCAAGGUGCUCGCUGGAACUAAUAAUGGCCAGGCACUAGGCGGUAAUACCUACAUUCACAUUCUCAAAGCAAUUCUACGACUUCGACUACUCUGCGCGCAUGGAAAGGAUCUACUCAAUGACGCCGACCUAGAUACCUUGCAGGGAAUGUCGGCAGAGAUGGCAAUCGACAUUGAUGAUGACGACGAUGACGACAAACCAGCACUUUCAGAUCAGAAAGCACACGAGAUGUUUACACUGAUGCAGGAGACCAACAACGACGCAUGUAUUCAAUGCAGCAGGAGGAUCAGCUCCAACGAGAGCUCUAAUAUUGAAACAGAAGGUCAGGAUGAUAUUCUGGGUUUCAUGACGCCUUGUUUCCAUGUCAUUUGCCGAAACUGCAUCAAAACGUUUAAGGAAAGGGCCAAGGCUCUGAUGCCAGAGGGCGAGAACAGUGGAUAUUGUCCAGUCUGCAAUACCUACGUGAGACAUGCUUUCGUACAGCUUCACCGAAGGGAGGUGGACGCGGAGCAUGAUGGUCCAGCCAAGCCCAAGUCACGAAAUGCUGUCAAGAAUUUCGACAAGUACGACGGCCCGCAUACAAAGACUCGCGCUCUGAUCGAAGAUCUUUUAAAGUCCAAGGCAGCGAGUGAGGCGAAUCCGUCUGAACCUCCGUACAAAUCGGUAGUUUUCUCAGGCUGGACUUCUCAUCUGGACCUCAUUGAGCUUGCACUCAACGCCAACGACAUCGUGUUCACCAGGCUCAACGGUAGUAUGAGCCGCACACAACGAACUACCGCCAUGGAUAGGUUCCGCGAGGACAACACUGUCCAUGUGAUUUUGGUAUCAAUCAUGGCCGGCGGUCUGGGACUGAACUUGACUUCUGGAAACAGCGUAUACGUGAUGGAACCGCAAUACAACCCAGCCGCCGAGGCUCAGGCUAUCGACCGUGUUCAUCGGCUGGGACAGAAGCGUCCUGUCCGCACCGUUCGAUACAUCAUGCGAGACAGUUUCGAAGAGAAGAUGCUGGAGCUUCAGGAGAAGAAGAUGAAGCUUGCCAGCUUGAGCAUGGACGGCCAAAACAGGAGCUUAGACAAGGCGGAGGCAGCUCGGCAAAAGUUGAUGGAUCUGCGUAGUCUUUUCAAAUGA